CCCAAACGCACCUGUUUAUCGGCGUUUUUCCUUCCCGGAUUAGCCUGCCUGAUGAUGAGUUCUUGACAACUCUGCCCGAGAUGACGUCAUCUCUGCAAAUGUACCUCAAACGAUCAGUGUUGUGCGAUCAUUCUUUACAUUUUUAUGAUUUUUACAUUCAUUUUGGUUUUUUUUCUUUUUUUUUUGUAAUUUUUAAUUUUAUUCUAAUUGGAAAAAUAAAUUAACAAAAUAAUUUCAAGGAUAUUAAGUGAAUAAGUUAAGGAGCAAAAAAUAUACAGAAAUUGAUUUUUUUACACACCGUGUAAUCAAUGCAGUAAAAAAAUCUUACCCGGCCGGUCUAUACUGUAUAAAAUUUUUAUAUGAUUAGAUUAAUAAGUGAAAGGUUUUUUAUUCUACAAUAUCCUUUAAAAAGAAGACUAAUUAGCUUUUAACUGUGCUGUGGAAUUAAUUUAAAAUUUAUUACGCUAGUUUUGCACAAGGCGAUUGUAUUUUUUUUGAUUUUUCUCCGUUCUUUUGCGUUCUGUGAGUCUUAUAACAAUACUCCUGUAUCCCGGUCGGGAACAAGUUCAGUUCAGAAAAUGAUUUUCUGGUUUCUUACGCUUUUUCUUUGCAUUACGUACAGCCUUUAAAAAAAUUUAGUAAGUAAUAAAAUACCUGCUCAAAAUGUACCAGCCGGGUAAGCCGCUAAUUUUUAAUAGAAAACAGCAUACAAUGUACAUACAUUAUGGAGUAAAAAGGUAGAAUUUUUUUAUCCGCAACAGUUUAGCUGAUUCAGGUAGGAAAAUAUUCAAAAACAGUUGCAAGACAAUUUUUUACACUAUAUAAAAAUACACGUGGUCAAGGGUGUAAUAAAUUAUUUUAUUACACCAUAGUAUAGAUUAACAAUUCUCUGUCUUUUUUUUUCUCUACUUUUUAUUGUAAUCUAAAUAUAUUUUCUUACAUUGUAAUAUAUAUUCUUUACACUGUAAUUUACCCAACUCUCUUCCAAAUGUAGAAAAUAUAGAUGGCGCUUUGGAAUUAGCGCCAAAAAAACGGCGCGAGAAUAUUCCUUCCGCAUGGAGACUCAUAAAAAUUGGGAAAUGAUUAACUUGUGCAAUAAUUUAGCUAUUAAAAAUAAUUUCUGGGAUAAUAAAAUCAACAUUUUCAGGAGCAUUAAAAAAUGUUAAUCUUCUACAACACAGAUCAAGGAGAAAAAUUGAAAAAUAGAAUAAUUCUAAGUUCUCUUCCAGACAUUCUUGAAUUAAUAUUCAAUUCUCAUCAUUCAAUUGAUUCAAUGAAUAAAUUCUGCUCAAGUUCUGAGAAAUGAGCUUGACCCAGUUGAGAUCAUUUUGGAGUGAAAAUGAAAUUAUUUUGUAUGAAUAAUGCAAAUUUUGUCGCCGCCGCCGCAAAAGGAAAAGUGAAAGAAAGCAAAAGCUGAAGAUGAUUUUUUGAAUGUUCCAAAUUUGCCAACUUCCGCUCAUCGCGGUCAAUGUCGCCCAAAACUCGUGCAGAUCUUCUUGGUCUGCCACGGUGAGAGUUUGUGUUGUUUGGUCAAAUUUUUGCAGUUAAAAAAAAUGAAGAUCCUGACGCUGAUUUUUGGCUCCUUAGCUGUUGCUUCUGGGAUUGAACUUUCCAAUGAUCUUUGGGAUGAAUUCCGUGAUCGAGAGAUUUUUUUCUACACCCUCAAAUCCAAUGGAACGUCGGAUGUUUCCCUGGCCAGGGCUCGUCGUCCUGCUGAGAAGAAUUGCAUCUGCACAACAACCCAGUGCGAUUGCUGUGCUGGUUUGAAGCUCCCACGACUUAAAGUUAAUCGUCAAAUCUGCACAAAGAUGAACUACAACCGUCAUACAUCCCUCCUACGGAUGGGGGUGAUCAUGAAUGGGAAGGAAGUAGCCCAGAGGACUAUUUAUGUUCGUCAAUCGGAUGGAGCAGGAGGUGGACAAGGUGAGGAAGGAGCUAAUCCCGAACCAUUCUGCCUCCCCGUUCCAAUUCCCUUCUUCAACUUUGAGCUCUGCGUGAAGCUCUUUGAUCUCUCAACACCUGGCCCUAAUCUCCACAUGUGCAUGGAUUGGUUGGCCAGGAUUGCCUCAGUUCCCAUCAUUGUGCUCCACUUUGACUGCAUGCAGAUGGGAUUGGAUGGGGUGCACUUCAUGAAACCCGGGGAGUCUAUUGAUAUGCCCAGUGGAGGAGCUGGUGGGACAACUGGAGGAGCUCCUGGUGGCCCUGUUGAUCCAACAAACCAAAUCAUUGAACCCGGUUCACCUGUAACCCCCGCAACACCAUCCCCACCUGCUCCAGCACCCCUCCCACCCGACACUGGCAUUAUCACCUCACCCAGUGGCCCCAAUCUCCCCCAAAUUGGCGGGGAUGGAAGUGAUUUUGAUCCUGUGGAUGACAUUAAAAAGAAACCAAUCUACUACUAAAAAAAAA